AUGGCUCUGCCAGAGCCCAAGCCUGGGGACCUGAUUGAGAUUUUCCGCCCUUUCUACAGACACUGGGCCAUCUACAUUGGUGAUGGAUAUGUGAUCCACCUGGCCCCCCCAAGUGAAAUCCCUGGAGCUGGUGUGGCCAGUAUCAUGUCUGCCCUGACGGAGAGGGCCGUAGUGAAGAAGGAACUGCUGUACGAUGUGGCCGGACGGGACAAGUACCAGGUCAAUAACAAGCAUGAUGCCAAGUACCCACCACUGCCUCCCAGCAAAAUCAUCCAGCAGGCGGAGGAGCUGGUGGGGCAGGAGGUGCUGUACAAGCUGACCAGCGAGAAUUGUGAGCACUUUGUGAACGAGCUGCGCUACGGAAUCCCCCGCAGUGACCAGGUCAGAGAUGCUGUCAUGGUGGCUGGCUUCGCUGGAGCGGGCUUGGCAGCCAUGGGCCUUGUUGGAGUCAUAGUCUCAAAAUACAAGCGGCAGCAGCAAUAA